CAGCCGAUCCGCACACUCGUUUGCUACUACUCGCUAAGAAGCGUCAUUAGCCCAUUUUUCGACAGACGGUUAUCAGUCACUGAUCGUGGUCGAAGUUUGUCGGUCUACAUACCAACGCGACACAUCAGCAGUGAAAACUAGUGCUUUCAGGCUGAUCCCGGUCCAACUUUUAGCGAGUUACACCACCCCCCGUUGAAAUCUCCAGGUUCGAAAAAUGGCCGCAGUCGCCGCUGCCCAGAAGAAUAGAGAAAUGUUCGCCAUCAAGAAAUCCUACAGCAUCGAGAACGGCUACCCCGCAAGACGUCGUUCCCUUGUCGACGACGCCCGUUUCGAGACCUUGGUGGUGAAGCAAACGAAGCAAACGGUACUGGAUGAGGCUCGUCAGCGUGCCAAUGACUCUAGUGUAGAUCACGAAAUUGAAUUUGACGACAAACCAACCCAAAAGCCAGAACAACAGAGCGAGGAUGACUCUGGCCUCUCCGAAGAAGAAGUGGUAUUGGCCAACGCCAUCGCUGAAGGACCCGAUGCCGAAAAGGCCAUCCAACGCGCCGCUUUGAUCCUGCGUCUCCGCGAAGGCAUGAACUCCCUCUCUCGCGUCUUGAAGACCAUCGAAAAGUACCAAGGAGUCGUCGUACACCUGGAAACCCGCCCCAACCAAAAGGAGAACAACCAGCUUGACGCCCUCGUCAAGAUCGACAUGACUCGCGUUAAUCUUCUUCAGCUGAUCAAGGGCCUACGUCAGUCUGGUACCUUAGAACACGUGACUUUGAUCGGUGAAGACAACAUAUCCGCUAAGAACCCAUGGUUCCCAAGACACGCUAGCGAGUUGGACAACUGCAACCACCUCAUGACCAAAUAUGAACCGGAUCUUGACAUGAACCACCCCGGGUUCUCCGACAAGGUGUACCGCGAAAGAAGGAAGGAUAUCGCAGAAAUUGCAUUUGCGUACAAAUACGGAGACCCAAUCCCAUACAUCGAAUACACCGAAACUGAAAACAAGACCUGGAACGCGGUAUUCACCACUGUUCUGGAUCUGAUGCCGAAGCACGCUUGUGCAGAAUACCGCAGGGUAUUCCGCGUACUUCAGGAAGAAGGUAUCUUCCAACCAAACCAGGUCCCGCAGCUAGAGGAAAUGUCCAAUUUCAUGAAGAAGUGUACCGGCUUCACCCUUCGACCUGCAGCUGGGCUCCUGACAGCCAGAGACUUCUUGGCUUCGCUGGCUUUCAGAAUUUUCCAGAGCACACAGUACGUGCGCCACACCAAGACUCCUUUCCACACCCCUGAGCCCGAUUGCAUCCACGAGAUCCUUGGACACAUGCCUCUGUUGGCGGAUCCCAGCUUCGCGCAAUUCUCUCAAGAAAUUGGACUGGCGUCCCUUGGAGCUUCAGACGAGGAAAUUGAGAAAUUGUCUACCAUUUACUGGUUCACAGUAGAAUUCGGUCUCUGCAAGGAAGCCGGCGAAACCAAAGUGUACGGGGCUGGACUGCUCAGCGCCUACGGAGAGCUGCUCCACGCCCUCUCCGACAAACCAGAGCACAGACCAUUCGACCCAGCCUCCACCGCUGUCCAGCCCUACCAGGACCAAGAGUACCAACCCGUCUACUACGUGGCUGACAGUAUCGAGGACAUGAAAGACAAGUUUAGAAGGUGGGUGUCCCAGAUGUCCAGACCCUUCGAGGUAAGGUUCAACCCGCACACCGGAAGGGUUGAAGUAUUGGACUCCGUGGAAAAAUUGGAGUCGCUGGUGCAACAGCUGAACACAGAAGUCCUGCACCUCUCGAACGCCAUCAACAAAAUGAAGGCCCCCUCAAUCCUCUAAGCGCUGUUCGUUCUUUUGCUGAGUGGAACAAACGAAGGGAUUGGCUAUGUGACUGGAGCUGAUCGUUCGUCAAGCAUCAUCGAUUCAUCGUGUGUAUAAAGUCGUCAUUUUACGUGUAAUAUAUAUUUUAAUUAUUGUAGGCUAAAUAAUGAAUAGUAUUAUAGUGUAGUUGAGUGAGUAGCUUGUGAUCUCACUAUUGUCAUUGCACCAAACUUAUCUGCGAUAAUGUUAUUGUUGUUGUUUUAUUCUUGUCUAGUACCCUUGUAGUGUUUUCUUAUUAUGUGUAUUUAUAAAAGACAUGUUGUCAUUAUUGUAUUAAUUUAAUAAUGCACCUGCACGAGAUCAUAAAUUAUAUUGUAUUAUAGAUGUUAAUGAUAAUAUACAUG